CCUUCCCCCCUCCCCUCCCUGCCCCCGCCCCUCUCAAGAAACCGAGCAGGAGGUUAAGUUUUGGGUUGUCAAGUGUCACAGUACUUUGAAAAAGCCAGCCAUUGCCUAUUUUCACUUUUGUUGAAAAAUGAAUUUAGUUGGGCCUGACAGAAUGUGUUGAUGAAAACAGCUGGACACUUGAACGGUUGAGUGCAGUUAUCGUCCAAGUCCAGUUUGACGUGCUAGUUAGGCUAGUCGGCUGGUAAUAGCAGUCAGAUUCUUAGUAGACCAGUAGCAACGGCGCUACGGCUUCAAGUCUUUGCAAAAAGUAGAAUUCUUAGCUACCACGAUGGAGCCCUAUGAUGCUAUUGUGAAUCAGCCGGUGGUCAUUGACAAUGGAUCUGGAGUCAUCAAAGCGGGAUUCGCUGGUGACCAAGUUCCUAAAUGCUGCUUCCCGAAUUACAUUGGAAGGCCUAAACAUGUACGUGUCAUGGCUGGCGCCCUAGAAGGUGAUUUGUUUGUGGGCCCCAAGGCGGAAGAACAUCGUGGUCUGCUUAGCAUUCGUUACCCUAUGGAACACGGCAUUGUCACUGACUGGAAUGAUAUGGAACGCAUCUGGCAGUACAUUUACAGUAAUGAUCAACUUCAGGCAUUUGCUGAGGAGCACCCUGUUCUUCUGACGGAAGCUCCUUUAAAUCCGAAGAAAGACAGAGAAAAGGCUGCAGAAAUAUUCUUUGAAUCUCUCAAUGUUCCUGCUCUGUUUGUGUCCAUGCAAGCUGUCUUGAGCUUGUAUGCCACUGGACGUACAACAGGUGUCGUUCUGGAUGCUGGUGAUGGGGUCACCCAUGCUGUGCCCAUUUAUGAGGGUUUUGCCAUGCCCCACAGUAUCAUGAGAGUCGAUGUUGCCGGCAGGGAUGUCACUAGGCACUUGAGGCUUUUAUUACGGAAGGAAGGAGUUAACUUCCGAACUACUGCUGAAUUUGAAACAGUCCGUACAAUUAAAGAAAAGUGUUGUUUCCUGGCAAAUCAGCCUUUGAAAGAGGAAACUAUGGAUUCAGAGAAAUUCCAAUUCACCCUUCCUGAUGGUAGCAAACUUGAGAUUGGCUCUGCGCGUUUCCGUGCUCCAGAAGUUUUGUUCAGACCAGACUUGAUAGGAGAGGAAUGUGAGGGACUUCAUGAAGUCUUACUGUUUUCAAUCACAAAGUCUGAUCUAGAUCUUAGGAAAGUUCUUUUCCAAAAUAUUGUCUUAUCUGGAGGUUCUACUUUAUACAAGGGCUUUGGAGAUCGCCUUCUAUCAGAAAUCAAAAAGCUUGCUCCCAAAGAUGUAAAAAUCAGGAUAUCUGCACCUCAAGAACGUCUUUACUCCACAUGGAUUGGUGGAUCAAUUCUGGCAUCCUUGGACACAUUCAAACGGAUGUGGGUGUCCAAGAGAGAAUUUGAUGAAGAGGGACACAGAGCAAUUCAAAGAAAAACAUUCUAGAUAACUUAGAUGGCAUUCAAUAGGAAUGAUUAUUUUAAGUACAGUUCAUUUUGUGAUUGGCUUUGCUUUCCUGGGGUUUGGAUAUCGCAGUUGAUACAAUGAGUAAUUUAUUUUUGAAGGCUGUGACCAGCUCGACCCUAACUUACAAUAUUUAUGUCUAUCAAUUGUGACUGAAAUUUUUAUUUGAAUGUUUCCAACUACCAUCAUGUUAUUUGAUAUUAUGAUAUAUUUUGUCUCGGAAGUUUUGCUAUUGAUUGUGUGUGUCGUGCAUUAUCACAUUCUUUUUAUAAUUUCUCGUUGGUGCUUGUGGUUUUCCUUGACUGUCCAGGUAAAGGAUUGUGCAGUUAGUUGUGAAAAAUUUGUACCUCCCGUGAUUUACAUUGUUUGUUAAUUAUUUUGCAAUGCAUAGUUCUGUAUUAAUUAUGAUUAUGAGAUUUUAAAAAAUACUAAUGUAGAUAUGAUAUCUUGUAAUGCGUCUAAUUUGUCUCUCUUGUUCAUUAAUGAACUGGCUCGACAAAUGAAAUUUGUGUUUCCAAAAAAGAGUAGUUUUUAUUCUUUGUUUAUCUAUUGCUUAUUGCAUUUUUGUGCAGGCCAUGGCACUUGAAUACAUUUUGUCAUACUUCGGGA